AACACUCUAGUGACAGAUAUUUCCUCUGCGAGAGACGCAGACAUGGGCGAUUCUGAUGACGACCACGACAUGGACAACAACAGAUCAAGUGAGGAGAGUAGCAGCAGCGAGCAAGACCAUGAAGACGAUCUGGAUGACGAUGAGGAAAAUGACGACUCUUUCAAUCUCGGCAACGACCCAAAUCUGCUGGGACAGCUGGUACAUGAAUUGGAAGAACGUGAGACGAGCGAUAGACAAUCGACAAGGCAGACCAAGCGCUCGUCGCAGACACCAGAGAUCCUACUAUCUCCGACACGCACGGUCACGAGAAAACGGCAGCAGGCCACUCCGCUGUCGCAAGUACGGGAAGCCUCUCGUACUCCGACGCGUGUGACGACUCGAAGCCAGGCAAAACGUGUCACUGAAGGCGGAGGCAAGGAGGCUUCCAUAACUCCAGUACAACGUACGAAACGUGCACGCCAAAAGUCAGAUAUCUUGGACGGAUUGGAUGCCGCACGGGAAGUCUUUAGUCAGAAUGUACGUGAUCCGAUCAAGCGCGUGUACCAAGCUGUUGACGCCGAAUUUCCGAGACAAGAACCUCCGACGCCGUCUCCCAGACCUGUGCCGCGGUCUAGACCCGCGACUCGUCCAUCGGAUGUCUUUACCAGUGAUGAGGAAGAGGUCAGGGAGACAGUUGCGCGACGGGAUUGUCUCGCGGAACAAAAGGCAAGAAAACGGGCAGAAAGGGGACGCAAAAGGCGAGAAAGGGAACGCGCUCGAGUGAUUGCCACUCCACGCCCAAAUGCAUCUCCCACUGGAAAUACGCGGACAAUAGCAGCUCCGGCAGACCCUCGGCGCAUGCUCGAGGUCAGUGGCGCCCGAUCACCCUCUGUGACCUCUUCAGGUGGCACGGGGCCGCGACGUCGGCGCAUGUGGACGCGACAAGACGAAGAAGAGCUGGAGAGGGGGCUUGAAAAGCACCAGUACCACACGAGACGCUGGCGACUGAUUUUGGAUGAAGGCAAAGCCAAGGGAUUAUUUCAGGGGCGCCAUAACGUGGAUUUGAAUAAUAAGGCGAGACAAAUGAAGGAGGCCAGGCUCAAAGCAGGCUUGCCCCUUGGCGGUUUUGAGUACGCCCUUGACCGUCAUCUGCAUACAUGAGAUGAAAAGAGAUUAGAAUGAAAAUGUGUAAUGCUGACUGAAUGAUAAUGAUGCUACACAACAACUGUGCCAAUAUAUUGGUUACGUGCUUUAUGCCUUGAAA